AGCUGGUGUGUGCUGCGCCGUCUCGCCACCUCGUCUGGCCGCCCCUGAAUGGAGCCGCGGGAGUCCUGGGCGGCCUUGGCGGCUGGUGGAGUUGCUGGUGUCUGUGUUGACUUGAUCCUUUUUCCCCUGGAUACUGUAAAAACAAGACUGCAGAGUCCUCAAGGAUUUAGGAAGGCUGGUGGUUUUCGUGGCAUCUAUGCUGGUGUUCCUUCCACUGCUAUAGGAUCCUUUCCAAAUGCUGCUGCAUUUUUUAUCACCUAUGAGAAUGUGAAAUCUAUGCUGCACCAUGGCUCUACAUCUUACUUGACUCCAGCAACACAUAUGGUGGCUGCCUCCCUUGGGGAAGUGGUUGCAUGCCUCAUACGGGUUCCAUCUGAGGUUGUCAAGCAAAGGGCCCAGGUUUCUCCUUCCUCAAGUACCCUCCGGAUUCUCUCCCACACCUUGUAUCAUGAGGGUAUUCAAGGACUUUAUCGGGGUUAUAAAAGCACAGUAUUAAGAGAGAUUCCUUUCUCUCUGGUACAAUUUCCCCUCUGGGAGUCCUUAAAGGAUCUCUGGUCAUGGAAGCAGGGUCACGUGGUGGAUUCUUGGCAGUCAGCAGUCUGUGGAGCUUUUGCAGGUGGAUUUGCAGCUGCAGUCACCACACCUCUCGAUGUAGCGAAGACAAGAAUUAUGUUGGCAAAGGCUGGUUCCAGCAACGCUAGUGGAAAUGUUCUGACCGCCCUCGGUGGCAUCUGGAGGACACAAGGCCUGUCGGGCUUGUUUGCAGGUGUUGUCCCACGGAUGGCAGCCAUCAGCCUGGGAGGCUUCAUCUUCCUGGGGACAUACGAGAAGACUCGCCAGCUGCUGCUCUGACCCAGCCCAGCCGGUCCUGCCGGUGGCCGCCAAAGAGCUGGAGAAGCCGCCGAGUUGGAGGAGGAGUCCGCCCGCGAACGCAGCCUUCCUCCGAUCGCCCCUUCGCCGUGCCGCAGCAGCUGUUCAGCAGGCUGAGAGCUGCCUUCGCUGUUAAAGAAAAGUAAAUCCUCCAAUAAUCCAAUUUCCCAAACAUGAAAUCUUCCUGCAUGGAAAGUGAGUGAGGUCAUUGUGAGAGCUGUGCCAAAAAAGUAAUGUUUUGGGGGGGGGGGGUAAACAGCUAAUUACGGUUGCUGAGAAAGGCGUUAUUAGAACUCCUGCAGGGGAAAUGUUUUUGCAAACCUCCAGAUCGUGGGCUGAGCGGGGAGGCUGAAAUAAAGCAAGUUUUCAU